CACUUUAUUAUUAUGCCAUGAUACAUCAACACCGAAUCAAAUAUAGCGGCUGCGCUUGUACUUGCUGGGGGCCUAUAAGAUGGGAAAAAAAACCCCUCGAAAAAUCAAGUGAGCCACUCUUUACAUGGAUGCAGUGACGCCAGUAAGCUAUCAUAAGGAGUUAUUAAUAAUGAAAGUUGAUGAGGGGAAGGGUUACUACAAAUAGGUCAACGGUGUCGUAAUGACUGUAAUGCUGCAUACGGGGAGUGAGAAAAACAAAACAUGAUGACGAUUUUAGAUUCUAUACCGUUUAUUUGGUUCAGUCCUUUGAGCAAUUUUAUGCGAUGAUUAAAUACGAUUACGUAACUGUGUUUUCAAUUUUAAACUGAUAAUCACUUAUUCUCGUUUUCUGUAACUGUCAGUCAAUCAUUCGCGGAUUGUUUGCGCCUAAUUGACUUUGUUUCAAAAGCGGACCAGAGUGUUUUCAUCUUCUGUCAUUUUUAUGGUUGUUUCGAUUUUUCUAUUGAGCUCCCAUGGUCUGUUGGAGUAUUGAAGAGGAAUUCCUCCUAAUCAACCUUUAUGAAAAGUUCCCGGUGCUUUGGAAUUCGGAAAGCGAUACUCAAACUUCAAUAAAAAAAUACGAAGCCUGGAGUGAAAUUGCGACAACUCUGGGGAGAUCGGUCAAGGAAAUUCAAAAGAAGAUGGGAAGUUUGAAAAACCUCCUUAAUUGGGAAAAGGCUAUGAUAAAAAAGUUAAGCCAGCCGGAAACAGGUCAGCACCAUAAAUAUUUUUCAACCUUGUUCGCGUUCAGAAGAAUGAAUUUUCUUACGGAUGGAAAUGCUCUACAGGAAGCAGUUAACACAGACACGGCAAAGAGUGAUGAUUUUGCAUCUGGAAAGAGGGUACCGGAUGGUGACAAUGACGAUACUCGAUUCGAAAGAAACCACGAACCAGAAACUUCAGCUCCUACCAACGUAACUCCUAAUUGUGCCUCAACUCCAUCCACAUUGAAAGAGCAUAUCGCGAAUCUACAAAGUUGCUUUUCAAUCAGCUCAAUGGAACCAGUUACAGGCGCUUGUCCUGAUACGGUGGAUAACUUUUCCAUAGCAUCGAUGAAAGAUGAAUCCGACUACUUCGGUUCAUACGUUGCCGGAAAGUUGAGGAAUUUUGAUCGGCGCGUGAGAGCUGAGCUUGAGCAUCAGAUCACUCAAGUUCUCUUACGUGUGGAGACUGGAGAUGGAUCGCUGCGAAUCGCAAGUUUCCUCAGAGUAUUCCUGGUUAAGCUCUGACUCCUUCAGCAUUCUUCCUCCCAGCAGCAGCAGCACCACACCUUACAAAAAUAUACCCCCCCGCUCGUUUCAUCGCAGAACUUUAGCCUAUAAUGAAAGCUGUCAGCCACAUUCUCGUUCGGAACUUUUACCGAUGUCCGACUCCGUUCACGAGACUACUUCAUGGAUGAUGAACGCUUCUACGUAAGCAUGAAUUCAUGCGAACAGGAACCAACUCUUUUGCAAUUCAAUAGUAUUUUCUUAAUAUUUCAGGGGGGAAAAUCUGAGACUACAUGUUUUUAAAAUGCAAGAGAAUUGUCUCUACAAUAUGAGAAAUAAGUGAAAAGAGUUCCAAGCUAUCAUUGAGAGGAUUGGAGGAAAAGGCGCAUAUGAUACAAUUGCAGUGUUUGAUAUUUCAAGAAAAUAUUUGUUCAAAAUUCCAUAGAGCCUAGGAUGGAGAGAAAGUUCAAAUUUACGAUUUGAUGAAUAAAAGUUGGAUUUUAGUGGUAAGAUUCUCACAGAAUAUAUGUAAUUUAAGACUUGUUUUAGUUGAGAGCAUUAAGAUCUUUUUUUUUUCGCCUUUUCCUCUCAUCCCCUCAAUUAUGGUUACAUUUCUCCUGCAAAGAAUUCAAAAAGAGAGGGGAAUACAUGUAUCAUUGCAAUUCAGUUUUAUCACUUUUGUUUUCAAACUUCUACAGUUACAACACAUUUUGAUGCUUUUUGAUUUCAACAUGAAAAUAUUUUUUUUUCUUUAUUACUUUGAUGUAUUUGUACAAUCCUUAUUACAGAGAGGUUAUGGAUUUCAUCGACAUGAUCGGAAAAUGAUACGCGUGAAUCGAUCGACACGGGCUUUUGAUAAUUUGUCGAUCGAUUCUCUUUGUCAUUUUUCGAUCGAUUCAUGUCGAUCUUUCGAUUGACAUGAAUCGAUCGAACCCCCGUUGGACGUGUCCAAAUCUAAAUUAAAAAUUAAGAAAUGAGUGUUUUCCACAAAUAUAAUUUUAGCUUGUUUUAAAUAUGAA